AUGCAGACUUUCUUUUUUUUAAAUCUUUUAUAUUUAAGGCAUUUAGAAUUUCUUCCAUUGACUGGAGAUGAUGACUUCCAAGAGUCAAAUAAGACUCUAGAAAAUACUGAACAAACUAAUAAAGAAUCUUUAUUACCAAAAAAUCAGGAACAACCAGAAUUAGAUGAUGCAAAAAAUGAUGCACAUAUGGCCUUAAAAGAGACUGAUCCUAACCAUCAAUAG